CACACCUUCACUGGUUUAUAUUUAUUUUUUACGAUUGUUAAAAACAUAAAUAUGCUGAAAUACGAUAAUACGCGUGAUUAGGUUGAGGCGCUCAGCACAUCCGGUGAGAAACGGACAAACGCGGGAGCGAAGCGCGAAAAAACAAAUGAUUCGUUUAACAACCUAAAAACACGAAUAAACUGCGAUUUUUUUAUGAUAAUUAUCGCUUUUUAUGUUAUUAUAUGAAGUCAAAAUGACGGAAUUACUUUUUAACAAGAGGUUACAAGUACAGGUGAAGAAUAGAGAGACCGAUGAGAGACGUUCAGUCAUUCGCAUCAGUAUUGAAUUGCAGCUAUCAUCAAAUCCUGUCCAUAGGAAGGAUUUGGUUGUACGGCUGACAGAUGAUACUGAUCUUUACUUUUUAUACAAUCUUGUCAUAUCAGAGGAGGAUUUUCAGAGCUUAAAAGUACAACAAGGGCUUUUAAUAGACUUCACAUCAUUCCCACAGAAAUUUAUUGACUUGCUUGAGCAGUGCAUCUCUGAACAGGACAGAGAAAGCCCACGGUUCCUGUUGCAGCUCACGUCAGCUUCAUCAGCGUUCGACCACAGUCCUUCAAACCUUAAUAUUGUGGAGACAAACGCUUUUAAACACCUCACACAUCUCUCUCUGAAACUGCUCCCGGGAUCUGAUACAGAUAUUAAGAAGUAUCUGGCCACCUGUCUGUCUACUAUAAAGGAGGAAAAGCAGCAGUUGGAACAGAAGUUGAGAAAGACUGAAGAAGAUCUGACAAGACAGCUAAAUUAUGCACAGCAAACCCUGUCUGAGAAAAGUCGAGAGUUGGACAAACUCAGGUCUGAAUGGACAUCCCAAACAACAUCUCUGUCCAGCAGACACAUGCAGGAUCUCACAGCUGAGCGUGAAAAAGCUCUGGAGACACAAUCGCGUCUGCAGCAACAGAACGAACAGCUGCGACAGGAACUUGAAUCGUCUCAUCACAGAAGCACCCAGCAGCUCCAAACCAAAGUCUCUGAGCUGGAAACGGCCAACAGGGAGCUCAUCGACAAGAAAUACAAGAGCGACUCCACCAUUCGAGACCUUAAAGCCAAACUGGCCAGUCUGGAAGAGGAGUGUCAGAGGUCAAAGCAGCAGGUUCUGUCACUAAGGAGAGAGAACAGCAGCCUCGACACCGAAUGCCACGAGAAAGAGCGUCUCGUCAACCAGCUGCAGACGCGAGUGGCCGUCUUAGAGCAGGAGAUCAAAGAUAAAGACCAGCUCGUGCUGCGGACCAAAGAGGUGCUGGAAGCCACCCAGCAGCAGAAGAACUCUUUUGAAGGAAAUGCAGAAAGUAAGCAACUUCAAAUCGGUAAGCUGGAGGCCACAGUAAAAUCCCUGUCAGAGGAGCUCAUCAAGGCGAACGGCAUCAUCAAGAAGCUCCAGGGGGAUCUGAAGGCUCUGGUGGGGAAGAUCAAGGUGAAGAACACCGUGACUGUGUCUCAAGAAAAGAUCCUGCAGGAAACUACAGAGAAACUCCAGCGGGAGCAGCGAGAACUGCAGGACACCCAACAACGGCUCCGACAGAAAGAGGAAGAGGCAACAAAAUUAAAGGAGCAAUUAGAAGCCACAAUUCAGAAAUUGGACGAGAGCAGGGAAGUGUUAAAAACCAAUGAGAACGUAAUAACUUGGCUGAACAAGCAGCUGAAUGAGAACCAGCUCUCUCGGAAGCAAGAAACUUUGGGAAUGUUCGAAACGCCUGCCGCAGGGAUGAGAACAGGAAGUGUCUCUCAUAAUAUGCUUGAUAGCAAAUCAUCUUUGGGACAGGGUUACCCCAUCACCUCUACGAUAAACUCCAAAUAUCUUCUUCCUCUUUCCUGUGUGAGCUCAGGAACUCGCUCUGUCCUGACACUGCACAAUCAGACAUCUGGACCAAAGGUCCAGUUUAACCCUAUGAGUGCCAAACCUUCAGCAGCAGAAGUGAGUCCCUCUACACUCGCCCAACCUUCCAAUAAAGAGAAUGGAGAAUCUGUUGGCCUGGACUCCAAGUACUUUGAGAGACGAGACGACAGCAUUCCUCUACGUGGUCUCCUACCCAGCAUGCAUCUAAAUAGAGAAGUUCCUAAGCCUUUGAACACAGCCGGAGCAAAACCGACACCAGCUGCAGCUUCUGCGUAUUUCCCAGGAUGACGAACAGUUUAUAUGCACCUCUAUUCAUCACUACGUUUUGUGUGUGAACGCCACUACUAAGAUGCUAAUGCAUUGCAAAGUGUCCAUGCAGAUGAUAGUCUUGUUUAAAAUGUUUUCAAUAAUUUAUUAAAAACAAUUAUUUUUAAACCUA